GCACCGUAAACAUACACCCUUUUGACCUUUGCACCGGAAACAUAUUGGAUAAACUUGGGCCUAUUUUGUGUCCUGUUGGUCUGGUUCACUGAGACUAGGCCUAGCAGAAGUGGCAGUCACCCGGUGGAGUUUGUCUAUGUCAGCCCGUUUCCUAUCAUCAAGAAUGGCACCCAUCGUGAAGAAGUUCGACUAUCUCGUCAUUGGUGGAGGCUCUGGUGGCAUUGCAAGUGCCAGAAGAGCAGCAGAAUUUGGCAUCAAGGCUGCUGUCAUCGAGGAAGGAAGAUGGGGAGGGACAUGUGUUAAUGUUGGCUGUGUCCCCAAAAAAGUGAUGUUCAACACGGCGAUGCACGCAGAGAUCAUCAAGGAUCAUCAAGGCUAUGGGUUUGACGUGGAACUGAAGCGUUUUGAUUGGGGGAGAGUAAAGCAGUCUAGAGACGCCUACAUCAAAAGAUUGAACGGCAUUUAUGAGACCAACUUGGGGAAGGCCAGCGUGGAGACGAUCGUGGGCCACGCCAGCUUCACACAGGACAAGUGUGUGGAGGUCAACGGUCAGAAGUACGCUGCUGACCACAUCCUGAUCGCCACAGGGGGGAAAGCUGACAUCCCAAACAUUCCAGGUGCCGAGCAUGGCAUUACUAGUGAUGGAUUCUUUGACCUGGAAGAUCUGCCAAAUGGUAGGUCUCCACAUGGUGGGCCUGGGUGUGGACGAGAUGCUGCAAGGCUUCGGCGUGGCCAUCAAGAUGGGCGCCACUAAGGCACAGUUCGACAGCUGCGUCGCCAUUCACCCGACCUCCUCGGAGGAACUGGUCACCAUGAGAUAGAGGACAUGAGUGGACCAGUUGACAGUUGGUCUCCAUGAGAUAGAGAGCAGACGUGAACCAGUUGACAGGGUUUACCACUUUGCAGUCACACAGCCGGCAGCCAGCAGUACAAAACUUCCCAUCUGUUCCCCCAGCCAGGAGAGCGACUACAUCAGACUUCUCGGGCCUGGCACAGAAGUACACACUACACCGGCUGACCGGAACUGAUCAAUAUUGCUCCAAGUGACUGCAAAGUGGUAAAAUCUCUGGGUGUGAAUGGGGAACUUGUUGUCUGUGUGGAGAUUUGUGUCAUGUUCUGCUUGGGUUUGUUGUCUGUGUGGAGAUUUGUGUCAUGUUCUGCUUGGGUUUGUUGUCUGUGUGGAGAUUUGUGUCAUGUUCUGCGUGUGUUGUUGUCUGUGUGGGGAUUUGUGUCGUGUUCUGCUUGUGUUGUUGUGUAGGGGAACUGAGUGGAUGUGGUGGGAGGGGGGGCUGUUGUGUUCUAUGUUGUGUAGGAGAACUACAGUGAAUGUGGGGUCUGGAAUGUAUCGCGGGCUCUUGCUCAAAGCCAAAGCUAUGAUGGUCAAGAUCAGUGGAUUGUCAUAAACGAGAUAGAUGAAUCGAUCCCCAAAACCUGAUGACUUUUCCUCUAUUGUGCCUGCCGACACCUGCACACUGUGCCCUAUUUGUGAACACAAGGAAGGAACAUGCUUUGUUGUUUGUAGAACUUAUCUAAAGGAUAUAUAUGUGUGUAUCUUUUGAAUUCCUUCCCUCUCUCCAUCACCAUACCCUCGCUUCAUGUUGUCAUGUUGUGUGCCGAGGUGAACAGAGGAAUAAGGAAAUGAUGUGAGUGCACAAAGACUUGUUUGUCCUGGUCAGGAGUUGUGUACCGCUAGAUCUACCGCCAAUCUUGGAGGAAUCUACCGCUGAUCUUGGAGGAAUUGCACUUGAGAUUUGGGUUAGACCAAGUCUUGUGACAUUUGUUGAAGAGAUGAAUGGCACUCCCCUGUGGACAUAUCGGCACCCUUUGAAGGCAGAUUUGAUCUAUUUAACCAGUGUAGGGUGACAGUUUUUGACUCUAUUGCUAUUAUGUUUCAUUGAAAAAUAAAAUGUUCAGGUUAUC